CUCCAAAUCCGUCCCUUCGCAUAAGGCUCAACAGUUAACGAGCGCCAUCAUUCAUCACCUCAGACUUCAUACUGCUUCUUCUUCAAUCCCUCUCUCUCUCUCUCUCUCUCUCUCUCUCUCUCCCUCUCUCUACCCAGAACUUACCAUUCUCUAACGGAUUUGAACAUAAUCAGUAAAUCUCAAACUCAACCUACAGCUGAAUUGGAUUGUGAAAGGCUUCAUCGCCGAUCGGAUCGUGGAAUUUUAGAUUUUAAUCCGUUACUGCACGGCCUUUGCCAGCCACAAUGCCGUCACUCUUCGGAGGUCCACUAACCACGUUCGAGGAUUCUGAAAAGGAAAGCGAGUAUGGAUAUGUCCGCAAGGUGUCCGGCCCGGUUGUUGUUGCUGAUGGAAUGGCUGGUGCUGCCAUGUAUGAACUUGUCCGUGUCGGACAUGACAAUCUCAUUGGUGAAAUCAUUCGAUUGGAAGGGGAUUCAGCUACAAUUCAGGUCUAUGAAGAAACAGCUGGGCUGAUGGUUAAUGAUCCUGUUCUACGUACACGCAAGCCUUUGUCAGUGGAGCUGGGCCCUGGUAUUUUGGGGAACAUCUUUGAUGGCAUUCAGAGACCGUUGAAGACAAUUGCAAUAAAGUCUGGUGAUGUUUAUAUUCCCCGUGGUGUAUCUGUUCCGGCACUUGACAAAGACAUACUUUGGGAAUUUCAGCCUAAGAAAAUAGGUGAGGGGGACAUCUUAACAGGUGGAGACCUCUAUGCAAACGUCAUUGAGAAUAGUCUAAUGCAACACCAUGUGACACUUCCUCCGGAUGCCAUGGGAAAGAUAACUUACAUUGCACCAGCAGGCCACUACUCUUUGAAGGACACUGUUCUUGAACUUGAGUUUCAAGGUGUCAAAAAGCAGUAUACCAUGCUUCAGACUUGGCCUGUACGUACUCCCAGGCCUGUUGCAGAAAAGCUUGCGGCUGAUACCCCUCUUCUUACUGGGCAGCGUGUUCUUGAUGCCCUAUUUCCUUCGGUGCUUGGGGGUACUUGUGCAAUUCCUGGUGCAUUUGGCUGUGGGAAAACAGUGAUUAGUCAGGCCCUCUCCAAGUACUCCAACUCAGAUACUGUUGUUUAUGUUGGUUGUGGGGAAAGAGGAAAUGAAAUGGCAGAGGUGCUCAUGGAUUUCCCACAAUUGACUAUGACAUUGCCAGAUGGCCGUGAGGAAUCUGUCAUGAAACGUACAACUCUUGUUGCGAAUACUUCUAACAUGCCUGUGGCUGCCCGUGAGGCUUCAAUUUAUACGGGAAUUACUAUAGCUGAAUAUUUCAGAGACAUGGGGUACAAUGUGAGUAUGAUGGCAGAUUCUACUUCUCGUUGGGCCGAAGCACUGCGUGAAAUUUCUGGUCGAUUGGCAGAGAUGCCUGCAGAUAGUGGUUAUCCUGCUUAUCUGGCAGCUCGUCUGGCAUCUUUCUAUGAGCGUGCUGGUAAAGUCAAAUGUCUUGGUGGACCUGAAAGAACUGGGAGUGUCACCAUUGUUGGUGCUGUUUCACCCCCUGGAGGAGAUUUUUCAGACCCUGUUACAUCUGCAACCCUUGGUAUUGUUCAGGUUUUCUGGGGUCUGGACAAGAAAUUGGCACAAAGGAAGCAUUUUCCUUCAGUAAAUUGGCUGAUUUCUUACUCAAAAUAUUCAGGGGCAUUGGAGUCCUUUUAUGAGAAGUUUGAUCCUGAUUUCAUCAGUAUACGAACAAAAGCUCGUGAGGUACUGCAGAGGGAAGAUGACCUGAAUGAAAUUGUGCAGCUUGUUGGAAAGGAUGCUUUAGCCGAGUCAGAUAAAAUUACCCUGGAAACUGCUAAACUUUUGAGAGAGGACUACCUUGCACAAAAUGCUUUUACACCAUAUGACAAAUUCUGCCCAUUCUACAAGUCUGUUUGGAUGCUGCGGAACAUCAUCCAUUUUUACAACUUGGCCAAUCAGGCUGUUGAACGAGGAGCUGGUAUGGAUGGUCAGAAGAUUACUUACAGUUUGAUUAAGCACCGCCUGGGAGAUCUGUUUUACCGUUUGGUGUCUCAGAAAUUUGAGGAUCCUGCUGAAGGAGAAGACGUCUUGGUAGGCAAGUUCAAAAAGCUUCACGAGGAUUUGAUUUCUGGAUUCCGCAACCUUGAAGAUGAAACUCGAUGAUCAGUGUUUGAGCAUCAAAUCUUUGGAGACAUUAGCUCUUCACUCUCAGUAAACAAGGUUUUGUAUUGUAUUUAUUUGGUGUGAUGAGUCAAUCAUGUUCGACAUCACGAUGCAUAUUUAGUUUUAUAAUCCAGGGGAGAAGUGAGAAAUAAAAGGAACUAAGUAAUGGUUGUAUGGGCAUUGCAUUAUGUAGCUUGUCGAAUAAUUUUUGUUUUCUGCAUUUGUUUGUUCUCUAUCAUAAUAAAGAAUCAGGCUGCAGUUCAAUUUUCCUCA